UUAUAUUUCAGGUAUCAGCAAGAACAUCCGCUUAACGGACAGUCCGUGUGCAGCACCUGUGGAACGGGAGCUCACGUUGCGCCAAAUUACGUUCAUUAUUUUCGCAUCUUAACGCGACGGCGGCCGUUUCUAAAUGUUUAGAAAUAAAACCACAGUCUGGUCUUUAUUUCCGCUGACAAGAAUCAGUUCAGCGACGCUACAAUUUACUGCAAACAGAUAAAAGCUGAACAGAUUACCCAGCCACAAAUGAAGAAAGCGCCUUACGCCAAAUUCUAUUUAAAUUUUCAGACAUUUGACGUCGCGGAUCUGCCAACGUGUAAACCUGCUGGGGGAAAAUGUUUGUUUGUGUUCUUCACAUUUCACUUUACCAUUUAAAAAGAAGUAUUUACUGAUAUAUCUAAGACAGAUAUAUACAUGUUGUACACAUGUAACAGUAAUAUGGUGAUGUGUAAAACACAGGAGACCGUGUAAAGCGCAGGGUCUUAAAUGUGUCCGUUUUCUAGUGAGGUUUGGCUAAACGACUGUUAGCGUCAAAUUAUAUUCAUAAUUACUUGUUUACGUCUCCUCGGUUGUCGGCUGGUGUUUAAAUGUUUAAGAAAAUACAAACAAAGUUGUUUUCAGUCCACUUUUAAAUUCUGCACACAAGAAAACACUUUCCUAGAAUUUAUGAUGUGAAUAUAAAUCUAAAUAUAUAAACAGAGGCCUUCGUAAUAACAGAGUAAUAAACUGCAUUUACACGUUGUUAUUAUGAAUGAUUGUUGCAAACUGUUUGUUGGUCAGUUUGUGGAAGUUUCCAGUUUGAACAAAUAAACCUUAUCAACAUGUCACUGUAAGAAUCAUGUUUUCUCGGCUCCCACGUGACAAAAAGAUUAAAUCAAAUUUUUUAUGACUCAUAAAACUUGAGUGUCACACAAAAUCAAAUUAGGCCUUUUUCAGACGACUGUUUGUAAAAAAUGAAAUGUCACCGCGGCCCCUGCAGAAACGCAAAGCAUGUGAAUGUGAAGGGUGAGUCACUGGUGUCUUUUAUUAUGUCUUUAUAAUUAAGUUCUUCGUUUUGGUAUUAAAAUAUCAGAAAAUAGUAAUAAAAAAAAGUUAAUUAAAGUCAAAGUUUAGAUCUUUAGAAGUUUGUUUUAGUCUGGAGAUUUUCAGGUUGAGAGAAAACAAUCUGAGAAACUCACACUGAGAGUUUCAGCCAAUCAAACUCAAACGAUUAACAAUCAGGAGACCGUGCUGAUGUGUAAAAGGUCGCAGCUCCUCCUCUGCUGCGUCUGAACAACAACAUCUUAAACAAACACGUUUCUGACUGUCGUCCGUGUAGAGAGGAAGUGACGGCUCUGGGAUGAUUAUUCUCCCGCUGCAGACCGUCUGUUGUGAUGGAUCUGAUUUAUUUCCAGGACAGUGCGCGCAGACCUGGUCCCGUGUCUGAGCUGCGGGCCUAGAACCAGGCUGAAGGUUGGAUCUGUCCAAUGACCUGCCAGUCCUCCGAGUCCACAGACACCAUCGAGAGCGACAGACGAGCCGACAACAACUCCAGAGCUGUGGAAUCAGACGAGAGCCGCAUCGCCUCGGCCAUGAAAGACCUGAAGAACACAGGUUGGUACUGGGGCAGUCUGACCGCUAACGAGGCCAAAGAGAUCCUGCAGGACGCCUCGGAGGGCACCUUCCUGGUCCGGGACAGCUCUCAGAGGGACUACCUGUUCACCAUCUCCGCCAUGACGUCGGCGGGCCCCACCAACCUGCGGAUCGAGUACAAACACGGCAAAUUCAAGCUGGACUCGGUGGUUCUGGUGAAGCCCAAGCUGAAGCAGUUCGACAGCGUGGUCCACCUGGUGGAGCACUACGUCCAGCUGUCCAGGACCGGCGACAAGGCGGCGUCCAACCCUCAACCCUCGGCGGCGGCGCCCAACGGCACGGUGCAGCUGCUGCUCACCAAACCCGUGUACACCGCCACGCCGUCGCUGCAGCACCUCUGUCGCAUCGCCAUCAACAGGAGGACGCGGCGGGUCCGGGAUCUGCCGUUACCCAACAGACUGAAGGACUACCUGACGGACUACACCUACAACGUGUAGGCGGGCUACAGCUCGCCGCGGAGGAAGAUGCGAGCGCAGUCGGCUCUGUGCGACGCCCCACUGACCACUGACCAAUCCCAUCAUGCCUUGCUCCUACAAGGACCCAGCAAGUCAAAGAGUCGGGCGGUAACGAGCCUGAGCAGCUGGAGGAAAAUCCUGCAGGACGUUUGGCUCAGGAAGACAGACGGCUCUCUGAGCACCGUCAGUACUGCUCUGUGGUGAAGUACCAGACCGCAGGGUGAGUUUAAAAACGCCUUCACACGUUCACAGACCGACGCCGCAAACCCAGAUCGUCCGCCCCCAGCCGAGGGCCGCAGCUGACCGUCGGUUCCGUCAUUGAUUUAAAGUUUUAUCGAUUAAACCUGAAACGUUCUGAUUUAACAAAGAGAUCCAGAAGACAACAGCCGCACAUCUGAGACGCCGGGAGCGCCGCCUUCAUUUUUGCUUUAAAAAAGACUUUUCAUGAUCAAAAUAGUUCCAGAUUCACGACCUGUUGCCGCUCCGACUCAGUGGCCCCUGAAGGGCCCGAAUGUAAAACCCGGACCUCCUGUUUUUGUCCGUUUCUGAACGUUUUUGAAGCGUUGCACAGAUGAUGUGUUGAGUGAAUGUUUUGGCGGGAGAGGAAGAGGCCGACGCCGUCAGUCAGAGCGGCGUCUGCAGCUAUUAACUCGAGUCACAGAAACAUCUGAUAGACGCUGAAAGUCGAAGCAGUUAAAUCACCUGAUUUCAUCGGUCGACAGUCGACACGUGAUCUGAAGAUGGUCAGGGUUUUAUCAUCAUCAUCAUCUAUUAAUUAUUUAGUCUCCAAAAAGAGUCCAGCCCAGCGAACAACAAAUAAACCUGACGUGGAAUUAAACGUGUUUCCUGAAGGCUGCAGCUGGCGGUCGGUGUCCUCGCUGAUCUGUUAUUAGUAUUUUUAUUAUUUAUUAUGCGGAGCCCGUUUAUCAUCGUCUGAUUCACAGAUCGACUAACAAACUAAUCCUUUAAACAAAAUCUCCAGUAAAUAUUCAGUUGUUUAUUUUCGUUUUACUUUCAGCCGAGCUGCGAACUAAAAGCUUCUUCCGUCUCUGUU